UGGGAAAGGUACAAUAUCUGUAGGCAGAAAGUGGCAGGGAACAAUUUCCGUGUCUCACGACUCGUCCAAAUUCUUUUCCCAUUACGUUUCCUGACGUUACAAAAAACUUAAUAGCCAGUCGGUUCGCCGUUUGGUCUCUUCUUCCCCGAGUGUCACCUACUCUCCCGUCUUCUGCGAACCAAUUGCCCAUCACCCAUACAUACUACACAUCGCUCCUAGCUCAUCACUUUGUUCUGCGUGUGUGUGUGUGCCUCACCAUCCUGCCACGUCCAAUCCUAUAGAGAAGACUGUUCACACAGCACAGCGUAAAGCUGUCAUAUCUGCCCAUCAUGGCGUCCACACGAGCAACUGGGCUUCUCAACUCCCAGCUUCGAAGCUCUUCCCGCAUCACAUCCCUCGGACGCAGCGUCUCUGCAGUUCCGACUACCAGACUCACAACACGCCUGUCUGCUCCUGCGACGAGGACAUCCACCAGAAUGGCGACCUUUGCUGCCUUUAAGAUCCCCAAGAUCUCCAACGAGCCCAACCACCACUAUGCCAAGGGCUCCGCUCAGCGUGAAGGCUUGGAUGCCGCAGUAAAGACUCUCCAGAGCAAGCUGCCUUUGGAGGUGCCAAUCGUUGUUGGCGGUAAGGAGAUCUUGACGGGCGACACCGGAAAGCAGGUCAACCCCGCCGACCACAACACCACCGUAGCAACAUACCACCAGGCCUCGCCUUCCGACGUCACCAAGGCAAUCGACUCGGCCCUCGCAGCCAAGCCCGCCUGGGAGUCCCUCCCCUUUGCCGACCGCGCCGCUAUCUUCCUCAAGGCCGCCGACCUCAUCGCCACCAAAUACCGCUACGACAUCAUGGCCGCCACCAUGAUCGGCCAGGGCAAGAACGCGUGGCAAGCCGAGAUCGACGCCGCGGCCGAGCUGGCCGAUUUCCUGCGCUUCAACGUCCAGUACGCCGAGGAGCUCUACGCCCAGCAGCCGCAGCACAACAGCCCUGGCGUCUGGAACCGCGUAGAGUACAGGGCCCUUGAGGGCUUCGUCUACGCCGUGAGCCCUUUCAACUUCACCGCUAUCGCCGGUAACCUCCCUGGCGCCCCCGCGCUGCUCGGCAACGUUGUUGUCUGGAAGCCGAGUGACUUCGCCAUUGCCUCCAACUGGCUCGUUUACAACAUCCUCCUCGAGGCUGGUCUGCCCCGCGACGUUAUCCAGUUCGUGCCCGGUAACCCCGAGGCGAUUACCAAUCAGGUGCUGUCGCACAAGAAAUUCGCGUCCCUCCACUACACCGGCAGCACCGCCAUCUUCCGCAAGCUAUAUGGCGCCAUCGGACAAGGCGUCGCCGAGGGCCGAUAUGCUUCAUACCCCCGCAUCGUCGGUGAGACGGGCGGCAAGAACUUCCACCUCGUCCACCCCAGCGCCGACGUCGACAACGCCGUAAAGCAGACCAUUCGUGGCGCGUUCGAAUUCCAGGGCCAGAAGUGCAGCGCCACAUCGAGAGCGUACGUGCCCAAGUCGCUGUGGCCGCAGUUCAAGGAGGGUCUUGUUGCCGAGGUGAACAAGAUCAAGAUUGGCGACCCGACGGACCACGGCAACUUUAUGGGUCCCGUCAUCCACGACGCCUCGUUCAAGAAGCUCUCGGGCGUCAUUGACGAUGCCAAGUCGGACAAGUCUCUCGAGCUCGUUGCGGGCGGCAAGUACGAUUCGUCAAAGGGCUACUUUGUCCACCCGACGAUCUACCACACCACGGACGCGAACCACAAGCUCUUGAGCACCGAGCUCUUCGGUCCCGUUCUCGUCAUCCACACCUACGACGACGCCUCGGCACCAGCGGACGCCUUUGCCAACGUGUGCGAGCUGAUUGACGGCACGGGCGAGUACGGCCUCACGGGCGCCGUGUUCGCGCAGGACCGCGCCGCGGUGGUGGUGGCGGAGGAGAAGCUGCGCAACGCGGCGGGCAACUUUUACAUCAACUGCAAGAGCACGGGCGCCGUGGUGGGCCAGCAGCCGUUUGGCGGCGGCCGGGCGAGCGGUACCAACGACAAGGCGGGCAGCCAGAACUUGCUGAGCCGGUUUGUGAGCUUGAGGAGUAUCAAGGAGGAGUUUGCGGCUACGACCAAGGUCACGUACCCGAGUAACGAGGUUUAAAAUGGUGUCAUUGUGGGGGAGAUGAUGAAGAAGCAUGAGCGUUCAACCUAGGAGCUGUACGUUGUGAUGGAGUCUUUUCCUUUCCGGUUCUGUCAUUUUUGGGCGAUGGUAUGGGAUAUCUGGUUUCUUUUGACACUCGUCACGAUAUGAGUGAAGCAUUUACGAGCAUUUUCCACGGUCUAAAAUGACAAGAUUGAGUCUCUUUACUUAGCCUAUCCAAAUGAGAUAAAAUAACCCGAGGUUGCAUCAAGUCCAACUUCCCUGACGUGUGGUGAUGUGGCUCUGGUAUUGUCCAGCCUAGGCAUGAUUGCUUCUCAGGUCGGUGUAAGUGGAAUAAUUGUGCUAUCAACUUGACCCGCGACGCUCAAUAAAGGCAUCCAAUCGAGAUGUUGUCCCUAAAGGGCUAUACUAAACCGUCACGUGCGUGUUGGAGCAGAACGAACGCCGCAAAGAUGGAGGUGGAGGGGCGGUGACAUGAACCAAGCUUCUUGCUGGAUCUUACCCCACCAAUGUACCGGUAUAGCACGUAGCGGGUCAAGGGUUUGUUUUCCGGCCGCUAGCCC